UCCCAGCGAGUCCUGUCUCGCUUAUGGGUCUCAGGUUCGAGGUCAUCCCGUCCAAGUUCAAGGAGACCCUGAACAAGGAUGACUUCCCCACGCCGGCCGACUACGCCGUGGAGACCGCGAAGCAGAAGGCGCUGGAGGUGGCGGAAAGGCUCUACCAGGUGGUGGACGGCCUCAUUCUGGAGAAGCCCGUGGACAAGCAGGACGCCUUCCGCAUGCUGUCCCUGCUCAGCGGGCGCACUCACCUGGUGGUGACGGGCGUGGCCCUGGUGCGCUGCUGCCCGCCGGGGAAACUGAGGCAGGGGGUCAGGACGGACGGACGCCUGCGGACGGACGUGCGGACCUUCCACGAGGUCACGCGCGUGACCUUCUCGCCGCUCUCCGAGGAGCUGCUGCGGGACUACGUGGACAGCGGGGAGCCCAUGGACAAGGCCGGAGGUUACGCCCUGCAGGCCCAGGGCGGGAUGCUGGUGCAGGCCGUGCAGGGCGACGCGCUCAACGUCAUCGGCUUCCCGCUCAACCGCUUCUGCCGGGUGCUGGCCUCCGACCCCGACGACCCCGACCCUGAGGACCCCCAGCACGCCGACCCCGACCCUCCGCGCGGGUCCAGGGACGCCCAGGCCUCCGAGGACCCGGAUGAGCUGACAGCGCUGGACGUGGCCGCGGCCUUUGACCUCUCGGGCUUCGCAAGCGCGUGUCACGUGGGAGCUGAUGUUGAGGACUUAUUAUGGGAUGCGGCCUAUGCUGAGGACCUAUUAUGGGAUGGAGGCCAUGCUGAGGACCUAUUAUGGGAUGGAGGCCAGGUCCUGGACGUAUUAUGGGAUGGAGCACACAUAGAGAACGUAUUAUGGGAUGGCACCUAUGUCCAGGACCUAUUAUGGGAUGUGGCCUACACUGAGGACUUAUUAUGGGAUGGAGGCCAGGUCCACGGCCUAUUAUGGGAUGCAGCCGAUGCUGAGGACUUAUUAUGGGAUGCGGCCUACGCCGAGGAGCUAUUAUGGGAUGGACGCCACGUCCUGGACGUAUUAUGGGAUGCGGCCUAUGCUGAGGACCUAUUAUGGGAUGGAGGCCAGGUCCAGGGCCUAUUAUGGGAUGGAGGUCACGUCCAAGGGCCUAUUAUGGGAUGGAGGCCAUGCUGA